UCUGGCAAUUGUUUGACUUCAGAAAGACAUUAAGAAAGAGAGUAGAAAUUAAAUGGGGAAAUUGGGGUUAUUGCGAAUAUGGUUUGGUUUGUUUGUUGGGAUUGUUCUGAUAAACGGAAUGAAUAUUGGCGUUGAAGGUUGGAGCAAAGAGGGACACAUGAUGACCUGCAAAAUUGCACAAGAACUGCUUGUACCAGAAGCAGCACAUGUUGUACGUAUGUUGUUGCCCGAUUAUGCGAACGGGGACUUAUCGGCGAUGUGUGUAUGGGCGGACCAGAUUCGGCAUUGGUACCGCUAUCGGUGGAGUAGUCCUCUUCACUUCAUUGAUACCCCUGAUGAUGCUUGCUCCUUUGAUUACUCAAGGGAUUGUCACGACACACAUGGACAUAAGGAUAUGUGCGUUGCCGGAGCCAUCAGAAAUUUCACCUCUCAGCUCUCACAUUAUCAUCACGGGACUUCAGAUCGACGAUAUAACAUGACUGAGGCCUUGCUAUUUGUAUCACAUUUCAUGGGAGAUAUUCAUCAGCCAAUGCAUGUUGGAUUCACUAGCGAUGAAGGAGGAAACACCAUUGAUUUGAGAUGGUUCAGGCAUAAAUCUAAUUUACACCAUGUAUGGGAUCGGGAGAUAAUUCUCACAGCUGCAGCAGAUUUGUAUGACAAGGAUAUGGAGUCUCUCCAAAAAGCCAUUCAGACCAACUUCACUCAUGGAUUAUGGUCCGAUGAUGUGACUACUUGGAAGGAUUGUCACGAUCUUUCUGCUUGUAUAAACAAGUAUGCAACGGAAAGUAUAAAGAUGGCAUGCAAAUGGGGUUACAAAGGCGUUGAGGCUGGUGAAACUCUUUCAGAUGAUUAUUUUAACUCGAGAAUGCCGAUUGUAAUGAAACGCAUUGCUCAAGGUGGAGUCCGAUUGUCAAUGAUUUUAAAUCGGGUUUUCGGAGGUGCAAAUUCGAGUGAAGAUACUUUAGUAGCUGAUUAAUUAAUAAGUACAAAUCAUCAUUAACCAAUGUAAAGAUACUCAUUUAGUAGAUCCAUGACAUUAUUUGAUUUUAUACAGCAUAUGAAGUAUUGAUGGUUACUAAAAUCAUCUUCAUAUUCAGGUC